GGUGAGUACUAAGUUCAGCUGUAGAUUAAUCUGUGGAUUGAGUACAAGGACGGAAGUCUGACAUUAAUCAGACUGACCUGGACAGACGAGCUUCAGCACGUCCUGCUGAAUCCAGUCUUCUCCUCCAUCCCUUGGAAUCACAGAAAGGUCUGGGAUUUAAAGGAUGGCUCUGCUGCACCUGCUCAGUCUCUUGCUCCUAGAGGGGGCACUCAUUGGAUCCUGCUCAGAGUCACUGGAAAAUGAAGAGCAGCCAUCGAUGUACUCAGCCACUCAUUGUAAUGGUCCUUGGAUCACUGGACUGCCUGGGAGAGAUGGAAGGGAUGGGAGAGAUGGACCCAAGGGAGAAAAGGGAGACCCAGGUGAAGUGCCCAGCUGCCCCGAUAGAAGUCCAGGGGAGCUUGGACCUCCAGGAAGCCCAGGGCCGCAAGGACCUCCAGGAAUCAAGGGCAUGAAAGGAGAACCGGGUGAAAGUCAUUCUUCUGUAACUGAUGAGCAAUUGAAGGUGAUCUCAGAUUUACAAAUUCGCCUGAUGAAGGUGACAAAUGCCCUCAAUUUGUAUGGAACUGCAGUUCAAGUAGGAGAGAAGUUUUAUGCCACCACUGGCCAAUCCUCUGAUUUCCUCACAAUUAAUAUUACUUGCCAGAAAAUAGGAGGCACUAUUGCCACUCCAAGGAAUGAAGAGGAGAAUGCCGCCAUCCUGCAGAUUGUAGUAAAACACAAUACAUAUGCCUUCCUUGGCCUGAUGGAGGGAAGCACACCAGGGAAUUUUUAUUACCUGGAUGGAUCCCCUGUAAAAUAUACCAACUGGUAUGCUGGAACUCCGGAUGGGCAAGGAAGUGAAAAUUGUGUGGAGAUGUACACCGAUGGCACAUGGAAUGACAGAGCCUGCUCUAAGAGCCGCCUUGCUGUCUGUGAGUUCUGAGUCCCAACCAGAAGUGGACCACCUGGAAAAAAAAAAAAAAAAAAGAAACUCACUGGUGAACUUUGGUGAAUCAUUUAGCUCAAUCUUGGUGGUCCAAACUGUUAAAAUCUUCUAGGAUUUCAUGAGGAAGAGGUGAUAAUGAUUCUUACUCGUAUGGAUGAAAUCAAUAUAAAAAUCAGUUCUGUUUCCCCUGUCAGGAAGGUAUGUCUGUCUGUCUGUCUGUCUGUCUCUCUCUCUCUCUCUCUGCCUUUUCUCUCCCUAACUAAAUCCUACCCAUCUUUCAAGGACUACCUAAAAUUCUGCCUUGUUUUCUUAUGUGGCCAUGUAUGACUGCCAUUCUAGAGUAAUCUCCACUUUGGAGCCUUUAUGAGUUUGUACCACCCAAAUUAAGAUGUACCACCUGGACAAGUUAAUGUUUCAAGUGGGUAUACCCAUCACCCCAACUUGAGUUUAGUCACCUGAAGGUAUAGUAAUUUGUCUUCUCCUCCCUUAGAUUCCUACCUAGCAAAGGGUUGGGCAAACAGAAGGUACUCAGUAAAGACAUCAAAUAAUUCAAUCCAAACAAAUGAAUUUUUAUUGGUUUGAACGCAUAUCGACUUUGCUCUAAGAAGUGAGCCCAGGGACAAUAGAUCAUUAUUCCUGAACACUUUCACGAGACCCCUCUAAGAGAAAGCUGAAUCAGGUCACCAACAUGGGUACAAUGGCCCAUGUUUUCACUUAGUCAGCAAUUAUCAAGUACAUAGGUGCCAAGUACCUGCACCCCGUGAGUACCCCAACACCCCCUGUAUGCCCCAGUUCCAUUCACAAUACCUGCUUCUUUCUACUUUUUUUUUCCUACAAACACAAUCUGUACUCAUGAUGUGAGUUCCCUUCCCACACAGAUUAACCUGCCAGAGCAGAUGCAGACUUGUUUCAUCUCACUGACACUGAUGCCUGAAGUUAGCAAAGGACCCUCCCUUAAGUUUAUGGGAAACUUACAGGGAAAACAUGGAUGAGUGAAUAAAAUGGGUUGUUAAAAUAAUAAUAAUAAUAAAAUAAUAAAUAAUUGUUAUAAAUUUGCAAA